GUUUACAGACAGCGAAAAAAGUGGUGCUGCAAAAAUCAAUGAGAUGUUUUCAAUCGCGAGACGAAAUGCACCUGCUUUUGUGUUUGUGGAUGAAAUAGAUGCUAUUGCUGGUAGGCAUGCUAGAAAAGAUCCACGAAGAAGAGCAACUUUUGAAGCUUUAAUUGCGCAGCUCGACGGGGAGAAGGAAAAGACAGGUAUCGAUAGGUUUUCCUUGAGACAAGCUGUGAUAUUUAUAUGUGCCACCAAUAGACCUGAUGAACUCGACCUUGAGUUUGUCCGUUCUGGACGUAUUGACCGUCGGCUGUAUAUUGGUUUGCCUGAUGCAAAACAAAGGGUGCAAAUAUNUAUUGAUAGAAACGCUAGGAUUCAGACAGAGGCAAAGAAGAAACUAAGCCAAGAUCUGGGUGUCUCUGGUCAGUAUACAAUCAUUAAGAUGGAUACAUCUGAUUUGCAUCUUAUAAUAUGGGCAUAG